AUGGGGUGGUGGAAGACUGUAGUGCUAUGCGUCGCCGUGAUCUCAAACUCCGUUUUGGGAGAAGAUUCCGAAGAUCGGUUAGGAUUGAGUUUAUCAGAUGCAUCAGCUGCCGCAUUAGCCAGCAGUAGUAGCCUGAGCCAAGGACUACUACCACCUGGCCCAGGAUUACUGCCACCAAGCUCAGAAUUACUGCCACCAAGCUCAGGAUUACUAUCACCAAGCUCAGGAUUACUGCCACCAAGCUCAGGAUUACUGCCACCAAGCUCAGGAUUAUUACCACCAACUGAUCAAGGAUGUAAUCAACCAGGCGACAUGUACUAUAUUCGUGCGUACGACGACUGUUACGUUUGUGCAUGUUUCAUGUCUCCCUCAUACGUAUUGUCCCAGAAAUGCGUUCCUUGUUCUCAAUGUCCUGCGGGUGUGUAUUCAAAACAAACACCAACUCCAGACCCAUGGCCUGUAGUACCACCAGCACCUGAACCAAUAUGUCCACCUCCAAUCAUCAUACCCGGUCCAGUAAGACCUUAUCCAGUACCAAUUCCAGUUCCGGGCAAGAAGAUUGUUGUUCCUAUACCAGUACCUGUGCCUGUACCCUCGCCUCCAGAAAAAAUAUAUGUACGAGGUCCAUCCAUACCCGUACCAUACCCACAACCCGUGCCGGUUCCUUAUGGAGUACCGCGACCAGUACCCGUACCGUCUCCACCCAAAUACUUCCCUGUUCCAGUACCGGAACCCAUACCAGUACCAGGACCAACUAGGGAUGUACCAGUUCCGGUUCCGGUUCCAUCGCCUCCAGUCCGUGUACCCGUGCCAGUACCAGUUCCAGGACCAACAGUAGAUGUACCUGUGCCAGUGCCUGUACCUUCACCACCUGUUCCAAUACCGUACCCGGUAAACCGUUACAUUACAAUACCAGGUCCAGAUAGGCUUGUGCCCGUUCCAGUGCCCUACACUCCGCCAUUAUGCAGGAGUCAAGUGCCAUUAGUACCAUUCGUAGUUCCUGGAGACAACUGCUAUAUUCACAUAUGUAAGGUGAAAUACAACUAUGUUUAUAUAGAAUCUCAGCAGAGGACGUCCGGGUGUGUCGGUCCCCUGUUAUCUUCCUGGAACAGUGAAUCAUCAGCACAAAGCAUCACUAAUGCUAAUACCGGUGGGUUAGGUCUCGGCGGAUUUGACUUAGGAGGUGCUGAGUCCAGCGCAAGCGCAGACGCUGUUUCUAACUCUUUAGGAGAAGGAUUAGGUGGAGGCUGGUCUAAUGUAGCAGCAGCAAGUACGGCAUCUAAUAGUGUAGGUGGUUGGCCAGGACUAGAUGGAUCAUCAGCUCAGGCUGAUGCAAUGGCCAAUGCAGCAGGUGGGGGUUUCAACAGUUGGUCAGAAAACUAUGGAACUAUUUCAUCAGCUUCUGCUGAUGCAUUAGCUCAUGCAGGUUCGGGUGGUAUAGGCGGCUGGCCAAGUAGCUAUGGAAGUAUUGCCUCAGCUCAAGCUGAAGCAAUAGCCAAUGUUGGGUCAAGUGGAAUCAAUGGUUGGUCAGGUAAUUAUGGAGGUGUUUCAUCAGCUGCUGCUGAUGCAGUAGCCAAUGUAGAAUCUGGUGGAAGUUUUUCUUGGCCAGGCAGUUAUGAAGGCGUAUCAUCGGUUUUAGCUGACGCAGUCGCCAACGCAGGAUCGGCUGGUGUUGGUGGUUGGCCUAACAGUUACGGAGGUGCUUCGUCUGCUUCAGCUGAUGCAGUAGCUAAUGCGGGAUUAGGUGGUCUUGCUGGUUGGUCAGGCAGUCAUGGAGAUGCACAAGCUGAUGCUCUAGCUAGUGCGGGCGCAGCAGGUUAUGGAGGUUUGUCAGAUGCCGUAGCUAAUGCUUUAGCCCAAGCAACAAGUGGCGGUUAUGGAGGAUUAAGCAAUGCUUUAGCUCAAGGACAAGCGAAUAGCCAAAGUGGACUAGGCGGAUGGGGAUUGUAUAGCAAAAGCGCAGAUGAUACGAAAAAAAUAUUA